GUUUUUCGAUUGUUCUUACGCCAUGGAAUUUCAAUGUAUCAAUUAGCGAAUCUGGUUUUAGAUUUGUAAUCACCUAACUGGCGGUCUGUAACACUAGAAACCGAGAUUUUGAGGCCGUUAAACAAUAAAGUGGUUUUCUUGUACGACACAUCCCUCAUUUCCGAACCCCAUCUAUUACAACUGGCGCCCAAACAUAGGCCAUAGGGAGAGUCAGAAUGGAAAAUCCGAGCCCCUAUAAUUUGAGAAAGAAAACUAUGCAGCCGAAAACAGGAACGAUACCAAAAAAUCGAGAAUCUUUGAGAACUUCAGGACAAACGAACAAUAACCUUCCGGUAACACCACAAAGCCACACAACAGGUAUGAGAUUUUUUCCUUUUUCGUCUGGCGCGCAGGGAGAGGAGGAAAAUUCCUCCAAGGAGAAAAAUCCGCCUUCGGCGGCCACUGAUCAGCAGAAUGUGCCCACAUCUCAAGAAAAUCCUUCAGGUGCACAUCACCCUGAGGAAGGGAGCCUACCACCAGGAAAUCUGGAAGGGCAAAGCUCUCACUCAAAUAACAAUCAUUUCAAUUUACCCAAUAGAGACUUUAAUGUUAAUUUUCCACCAUAUUUUGUAAACUCGGAAAUUCCUGCUCAAAGGGCUAAUAUGUUUUUCAAUGUUGAUAAUAAUCCUACAGGGCAGUCAUUUGUUUUUCCAAAUAAUUCGAAUGUGCCUAAUUUCAUACCAGGUAAUUAUAGGAUGUCACAUAGCAAUAGAAAUGUAAGGAAUAUGGAAAAUGUUACAAAAAACUUCGAGAGGGUAAAUUUAAAUAAUAGUAACAAUAACACAAAUAAUAAUCGUAGGGAAUAUCAAGAUUAUAUGACACAGGGCCCAAAACCACAAAAUUAUGCUUUUUCUAGUGAGAAUACUGGUGCAAUGCCUCAGUGGAGCUCAGCUCGCAGACCUACAGUCUCUAAUAAUGUUAACUUAGAUAGACAAGAAUUAAUUUCGAUAGUUACGCAAGUAAUGAGUACUCUGCAGAACUUACCUAAUACUUCCAACACUAAUCAGGAUAAUUCUCAACUAAAUAACAUAAGAAACUCCCAAGUUGAAAUGGGAAAAUUACCAAUAUUUGAUACAAAAACGAAUUUACACCCCAUAGAUUUUUUAGAGCAGCUAGAAUAUUAUUAUAAUAUGAAUAGAGUUCCUUUUGAAUAUUUCAAGUAUGUGAUCGCAAAUCAUUUGAAAGGAGAGGCAUCUCUGUGGGGUCAAGCAUGUUUAAAUAAUUUUUACGACUUUGGAUCAUUCAAGAAUGCAUUUAAGCAACAAUUUUGGAAUGAAGAUAUACAGGAUGAAGUGCUAGAUAAAUUAAGGAAAACAAAAUACGAGGGUAAAGGUUCAUUGGUUCAACAUUUUUUGUUAUUAAUGUCUUCAACAAAACAUUUAGAGCCACCACUUUCUGAGGAAAACCUGAUAAAAAAAAUUGCAAAACUUUUUCCCCCGAAUAUUUCUAGCUGUCUGGUCCUUACUAGAAACUUUUCAGAAGCCCUAGAAAGACUUAGGCAAGCCGACGCUUAUUUUUCAAGAGAGGUACAAGUUUCGAGUCACAGUCACUUUUCACCUACGAACGAAAAUCGAUCCCGAAAUUUCAGUAGCGGAUAUUCUAAAGAAUAUGCGCAGAAACCUAAAUCUGGGUACAGGGGAGAUGAAAAUCGAACACCUAGGGUAGCCACAUUGGGGGUUGAGAACAAUGCAAAAAAUUCAAAUGACAUGUCUGAGUCGGAAAACGAGUGCGAGCCUCACGAAAAGGUUCUGGCGUGAGGAUAGAUAAUCAAAGAACCAAUUUACCAUCUAACAAUCCGUACGAAGAAUUAUUGCAUGAUAGUGACUCAGAUCCCGGAUUUGGUCACCCUCAAGCACCUAUUAUAGAAAUCUCAUUAUACGGAUUCAGGUUUCCCGCCCUAAUCGAUUCCGGUAGCGAGGUGUCUUGUAUAAGCGAGGAAGUGUGGUCCCAACUGGAACCAUCUCAUCAUAAAAUUCCUACCUUUCCGUGUACCGGGGUAAGAGUCACAGGUGCCUUUAAAAUCAAACAACGGAGGGUCACACAACAGUCCUUAUUAUUAUUUUCAAUCUCAGACCAUCUUUUCAAUUUUGAAUUUUUGUUAAUUCCUGACCUUAUAUGCCCGAUUAUAAUAGGGAUAGAUUUUUUGCGCUCCUUGCCGACAAAAAUAGAUUUCGAAAUGAAUACUAUAUUUUUCAAAUUUGAGAAAGAAUGGAAAAAAGUUCCAAUGAUAGAUAAUGGCGAUAGUUUAUCUGGUAUCGAGACGAUGAAUAUUAAAAACAUCACGAUAAAAAAUGGUCCGGUUUUUAUAUGCGGUAUUUCCG